AAGACUACAGUGUUAUCCAAAGACCUAUCUAUAUUAUCCAAUUAUCACCCAAUUGACCAUUUUUCAUUUCUAACAUAAAAUCAAGCCACCUUUCAUGAUGACAUAUAUAUAUAAUUGUAUGGUGUACAUCAUGCUAAGCAGGAUCAAAUCGAUUUUGGUUUAGAUGGUACUCUACAGGUUCUUUUCCACCUAAAAAGGUACAGGUUGAUGUGUUUCCAAGGAAAGCAUUUGUAUUCGCUUUCUUAUAUGUGAACCAAAGGUUUAAAUUUUCUCUUGUUCUCUUAAAAAGUCAUUGUAAGACGUCGGAUGGUGAUAAACUAUACUUUAUUGCACAUGCGCAGUGGGCCGCACGCGUUCAGAGCGCCAAAUGUGCCGGGAUCUAUGGGGAGGGAGGAGCAGUAGUAGAGGCUGCUGUAGUUUAAAUUAAUGUCAACCUACUCCUCACCGGGAGAAGAAACUCUGCGGAGAUAGCGAAAGUACGUGCUCAGCGCAACCUGCGAGCCGCUCUACAUACUUUCACAUGGCUCGGCGGCCGAGAAACAGUGUUUACAGCAGUGAGGAGGAUGAUGAGGAGACUGAGAUGUAUGAACAUGAUUAUGAUGGAGCACUUGCCAAGGCAGGGAAACGCCACCUUGGUAAAACACGCUGGACACGAGAAGAGGAUGAGAAGUUGAAAAAACUUGUUGAGGUUCAUGGAUCAGAAGACUGGAAACUCAUUGCAAGCUUAUUAACUAAUCGCACGGAUGUGCAGUGUCAGCACAGGUGGCAGAAGGUGCUGAACCCAGAACUUAUCAAAGGACCGNACACAAACACAUGUCCACCACAGGUGAUUGAGCUGGUCCAUAAGUAUGGAGCCAAGCGCUGGUCCGUGAUCGCCAAGCAUCUGAAGGGGCGAAUUGGCAAGCAGUGCCGCGAGCGCUGGCACAACCACCUGAACCCGGAGGUGAAAAAGACAUCAUGGACUGAGGAGGAGGACCGAAUCAUCUACCAGGCACAUGAGAAGCUGGGCAACCGCUGGGCCGAAAUUGCUAAGCUGCUCCCUGGCAGGACUGACAAUGCUAUAAAGAAUCACUGGAACUCCACCAUGAGGCGAAAGGUGGAACAGGAGGGCUACCUGCAGAGCACGGCAAAGAACGGCAACUCGUCACUCUCCAUCAACUACAUCAAGACGGCUAAUCACAUCUUCCACAACUCGCCCAGUCAUGUGCAGUUGCCUCCGUUGUCACCUGUCAACUACACGUACAUGUCCGACACACACAGAAUGCCUUUCCCCAUGGCCUUGCAUUUGAACAUGCUGAACAUUCCCCAGCUUGGAACUGCUGCUAUACAGAGACACUAUAGUGAGGAGGACCCCGAGAAGGAGAAGAGGGUGAAAGAGAUUGAACUGCUGCUCAUGUCAACAGAAAAUGAGCUGAUAGGCCAACCAUCACUACCAAUGAAUUUGCCCUAUCCGAGCUGGGUCAGCCAGAGCUCUUUGACUGGCAGCUCAGAGGGUGUUGCUAUGUCGUUACCUCAUCACCAGGCAGCCGCUCCUGCCCUUCAUGACCAGAGCUGCCUACCUGAGGAGAGCGCCUCUGCAACACGUGCCCACAGCAACAACAGCAGCAACAGUAACAACAACAGCAACAGUCAUCACAGCAGCCCGACGUUCUCAAAUACUAUUCCAGAGUUCAUGGAAUCUGUCAUUGAUUCUUUUCUCAACCAGUCAGUGAGCCCAGAACACUCAGACAACGACAGUUUACCCAUGAGCUCGCCUGUGGACUCCAAGCCCCUGAUCGACCACUCUCUCAGGCCUCAGAAAGAGAAUGCGAUGUUCAGAACUCCAAACAUUCGUCGUUCGAUCCUGGAGUCAACACCUCGCACACCCACACCUUUCAGGUCUGUCCUGGCCCUGCAGGAAGCCAAGUAUGGACCCAUCAAACUACUGAACACCCCUCUGGAGCAGCAGAUGGUGGAGUCUAUUAAGCAGGAGCCGAUGGAGUGUGCCAUUGAGCAGCCUCCUCUGAAAAAGAUCAAACAAGAGGUGGAGUCCCCAUGCGAGAGAAGCCCGUGUAUGCAAUGGGAAGGACAAGAUCUUCACACACAGCUCUUCUCUCCCAAUGGAUCCGCACAGGAAGUACCUGGCCUACUUACGAGCUCAUUAUUGAGUGAAGAGGGACACAAAGCCUACCACCUCCCUCGCAGAGGCAUGGGCAGCCCACUACAGCAGCUCAGUUCCUGGGAGCAGGUGACAUGUGGGAAAAUAGAGGAGCAUGUUUUGGCCUCAGAGCAGAGCCACAAGUACAUCAACACUUAUCCUACGAGGACAAUGGUCAUGUAGACACAUAGACUUAUGUUGAUCUGGAAACAUCAACAUUCCCUGCGCUAGAUGCAGCGCGGCAGCUUUCAUAUUUGUUGUGGUACAACAGUUGGGAGAGGCUUUAUGCCACUGGUGUUUUUACACUUACACUUGUUGGAUUUCGACCAACCAAAGACUAUAAUUGUUUUCUUUGUAAUUUUUUUUUUUAAUAUAGAACUUGCUUUGGGUUUUUAUAAAUGUUUGUCUUAUCACUUCUGGUCUUGUAUUAUUAUCAAUGUUGUAUUAUAAACGGGGUAUGGUAGCUAUAUCAUUUGCAUUGGGCUGUAUUAUUAUUUCUGAAUUUUGAUAUUAAUAUAAAGAACAAGUUGAUUAAUUUAUUUCUGUUAUUUUCAUGAUAACAUUGUGUUUUUUUUUUUACAAUUGGCCAAUGGAGCAGUGUUGUAAGUUAAGUAUUUAAGCCCUUUUAGCAUUAUCAUAUAUCCAAAAGCAUAUUAAUGAAUUCAAAACUGACCUCUCAUUUUUUAACAGGAUAUAAUGGGUCUACUGAGAAUUUCAAGUGUUUCUGUCACCUUUUGUGAACACUUAACUACUGAACAAGAACAGCCGCAUCUGUUCUUACAUUUACGUUAUUCAUCUGUGAACUAUGUUUUACACAACAGGAGGGGGCCGGUCUUAUUAGUAUUACUUUAUUACUACAUGUCAGCCUUAAAUUUAUUUCUGGCCUUUACAGUAUCCAUUCAAAGAACAAGCAGUUGUGUGUGUACAUUAAAAAAUUCAUUGAGCUUAUAUGUUUGAAACAUGAGCAUUCGCCCUGUAAGAGUAAGACCAAGCUGUGCUUGAAUUUAAUAUUUUCCAUAAGAAAACAAGAGUACUAAACACUGAUAUUUUAUAUUAUGAUACAAACAAAAGCCCUAUUAAAAUGUUUGUGUGCUCAUUUGUAAGCAUUUCUUUAAGUAGUUUUGUAUCAUUUUAUAUUGCAUAUUCAACCAGCAUUUCAUUUUCAUACUAAGACUCGUGACAAACACUCAGUAGACAGUCAUUUUUUACAUUUUAUGCCUUGUUUUUAUACUAGCUUUCGAGCAAAAAUAAU